CGACAGAACGCCACGCGACGCCACGCUGUCAGUCCCGGCGGGAAUAUUAUCCGUGAGGCUGACCUGACUGGGAGGUGAAACCCUGCAAGCAUACCUCCAGAACUAGGCACGAACAAGAAGCGCCUGCGCAAAGCCGACUUGUUAAUCCUUCUUUCCUCACUUCCUCAGUCGUCGCGCCUUGCUCUGGGAUCAUCUUUGGAUCCGUCUUGUUCUUACUGUACACACCAGAUCGCGCCCGGGAAACUGCUGGAACAUAUCGCAAGUCCGGCGCAUUUCCAUCAGCCUAAACACAGCCAGCCGCACGCUCAAUCCGCAACCACAGCCCGGUUGACCUUUGCCUUUUCAUGGGCUGUCAGUGCUUCUUAUUGGUCCCUUCCAACUGCGCAGGCUCGCACAGGAGUGGUACUGCCGAAAGGAAGCCAGCAUGAGCUCGUUUUCCAAUUCAUUCUGGUCCGCAGACUACGCUGGAGGUCUCGGCGUACUCUUCGCAAAGCUACAGCAAGGUGUGCAAGAAAAUGAGCAGCUCCUCACAGUGGCGCGCCUGCGCGCAGAGGCCGAGGACGUAUAUGGUCAAAAGUUGGGAGAGAUCGAGAUUGCCACGAACAGGAUAGAAGGGGGAUACCAGCGAGACGAUGGCGCCAGCGUGAAAAAGGCCUAUGAAGGUGUGCGCACAGAGAUGAGCGAAGAAGCACGGAACCACAAGAAGAUUGCAUCGAACAUUCGAGAGUUGGUUGUGAACCCCUUCAGCAGGUGGUGCGAUCAGCAUGCUGCACGCGUGCAGAACAGCCACGAUGACCUCCAAGGACGGAUCAAGGCACACGACCGCCAGGCAGAGACUGUCCGACAGUAUCGCAGCCAGUACUACAACAAAUGCCGGAGAGUCGAAGACCUGGACGAAGAAGAGAAGCUGGCCUUCCAAGAUCCCCAAUCGGCGGUCACCACGAAUGCGCCGCAAUCCAUGAGCAUUGCCAGCGUACCGAGUAUCAAGAUCGCGGAAGAAGAGCCAGAGCCGGAGCCGGUAGAGAUUGGUGACGUUACAUAUCAGCCGGAGCAGAUCAAGAAAAUUCUCACUCAUGCUCUGAACAACAUCCCACUCGGCGAGGCCAAAGUUCCCAUUCUGGGCACAUAUCAGAACAUCAGCUCGGGAGCGGAUAUUACCGAGUACAUCCAAAAGCAUCUGGGCGCUAACAGUAUUGCUUACGCAGAAAGAAUUGGUCAGGAUAUGUGCGAUAAUGGGUUUUUGCGAUUGAUUGGCAAUGUGGGCAACAGCUUUGCCAACAGCAGCAAGAUGAAGUACCAGUGGAAAACGAAGGUGUUCCAGAUCACAGGCAUGCCCGAGAAGCGCAGUCCACUUCAUAGGACAUCGACCAUGAUAUCCAACGGCUCAGACACAAGUGCAUCUCCCCCGAGCAGUCCUGUCAUCGGCGACAAGGUGAGCGAAUACCUGGGAGGCUGGAAUCCACUCAAUAAUGCACAUCCGAACGAGACCCCUGCCGAGAAACUGCGCAGGGAAGCCCGCGAAGCCGACGACCGCUACAAGGUUGCUGUUAAGAAGCUCGACGCACUUCGUUGUGGCCUCGAGGAGUCCAUGAUCGAUCAUAUGAAGUUCAUGGAACGGUGCGAACUGGACAGACUCAAGGCUAUCAAGAGUGUCAUUCUGGAUUUCAGUGGAGCCGCAAGCAACGUCAUUCCCUCCCUGCAGUCGAGCGUGGACAACAUGAUGCUGUUUCAAGAGACUGUGCAGCCAUUGGGAGACUUGCGGUACAUGCUGGAGAACUACCGGACCGGAAACUAUGUUCCCAAGGUCACAGUGUAUGAGAAUUACUACAACAAGGUCGAGGAGCAGACCUUUGGUGUCGACAUUGAAGCACGCGCACGUGCGGACCGGAAACGAGUGCCCUUACUCAUCACAUCCAUACUAACAUUCCUGGAUUCGCACUACCCGGACCUGGAGGGCGAUGAAGCUCGACGCAGCAUAUGGCUAGUAGAUGUACCUCUUGGUGCCACACACCACCUCAGGGAACAAAUCAACACUGGUCGACCUAUCUCGCAAGCCACACUGGAGAAGUACGAAGUACCUAUAGUGGCCGCCGUGCUAAAGCUCUAUCUCCUCGAGCUUCCUGACAGCUUGGUGAGCUCGCACGUUUAUGAGAUCAUCAAGACCAUCUAUGCAUCGACAGCACAAUCAACGUCGGAAGUCGCACGCGUCCAGGUGAUUCAGUCAACAUUGGGACAGCUUCGACUUGCCAACAUUGCCACACUAGACGCGCUCAUUACGCACUUCACUAGACUGGUCGAGCUUACAAGCGCUGAUGAUGAAUAUGUGGGCAAGCUCGCCGCCAUUCUCGCACCCUGUAUCAUGCGUCCGAAGCAGGAAACGGGCCUGAGCAUGAACGAGAAGUACAACAUCCGCCUGUUGCGUGAUCUCCUCGCCCACAAGGACGCCAUAUUUGGUGAGCUCAAACGCCAAUCAAGUUUGACGCACACGGCAUCGGGCACGCGACAGACACGAGCAGUCAGCACAGACGAGUCGAAGCGCAAGGAAGCCAUGGAAGAGCGACAACGGGCCAUUGCGGCCGCGCAACAUACCCAAGUGGGCGGCUCGAAGAGUAGAGUGUCUAGCCCAGCUGCCGACACGCGGGUACCUCUGCCACUGGGAGGUAAUCGUCGAGAUCGUAGUCGCGGUCCAGAAACGCGGUUCCCAGUCAGCACGACUGCCGCACAGAAUUCGCGCGUCAUGUCGCCUACUACUGAUCGGUCUAGUAUGUCCACCGCUUCCGGUCAUCGGGACAGUUUGAGCAUUACUCAGAGUCCUGGAGGAGGACGUAGCUCCCAAGACACUCCCGAGAAGUCAAACGGCUUUCACCAACCACCCCCCGCAGAGGACUUUACACCUCGCGAGCGAAGUGGGACGGAGAGCACGAAACGCGGUUCAGCACAAGUGUCGGCUUCCAUCAGUUCGCCAAGCGACUUCAUGAAUGCGAGCCAAUUCUACGUGGAUAGUGCUCCUGGCCCCGCAGCAUCGACUCGCGAUUCUGUUGCAAGCAACAUCAGCAUCAAGGCACCAGUACCGAAGUAUAAGCUCAAUCAAACGGAACAGCAGUCGCCAGUGGAGCAGACUCCCGUCGAUGGGACGCCAACGAAGAAGGACAGUCUCUCCCGAGGUCGAGGACCAGGGGGUCGAAUUAACACGGGUGGUCUGCGAAGACAAUCCUUGGCCCACAAAGACGAUCACUCUGCUGACGUUGCAUCGGCUCCGGAGACCAAGGGUGUGCAACUCGAGGAUAAACCCAUGGAUUUCGACUAGGAGUGGAGCCCACGAGUAGCCGAGUUUGAAUUUGAAAGCUGCUUUGAUGACGAGACAUUGUCGUCUUCUAUCCAGAAUACGCCUGACAACAUGCGGGCAGUUUCUCCUUUGUAGAAAGAGAAUGCGGAAGAAGAGUGAACGAAUUGGUCGACGUGCAUCCGCUUGGUAUCUAUUAUUGGGAUUUCCUAGCUGAUUAUGAGCGAGCGAGCGAGCGAGCGCUUCCUUUGACGUUUUUGUACGUUUGAGCGGGAACUGUUGUUGUGGACGGGUUGGCAUGGAGGCAUGGACGGGAGGCAUGACGGGUGCAUAUGGGGUCAUAUGUAGAUACCAUAUGGUCAUCAUCGAUAUCUGCAUCAUGAAACGAAGAAGUUAU